GUAACAAAUCAGGUCCGUGUAACAAAAUUAAAUCAUGUUAAUUUUCUACUUAUAAAGUUAUCUACAAUUUUCACUUUAAUAAAGUUUAAACUGGAUUAGUAUGUAAUAAGUACUACUUAGUGUCUCAAAAAGGAUUUCAUAGAGUAUUUUGAGGUUAUUAGAUGUUUGUUGUGGAAUCGUCAAAACACGAUGGUUUGUGAGAAAUGCGAAAAGAAGCUCGGCCGGGUCAUCACACCGGACCCCUGGAAAACUGGUGCAAGGAACACAGUAGAGUCUGGCGGCAGAAAAGUUGGAGAAAAUAAGGCUUUGACAGCUAAAAAAGGGCGAUUCAAUCCAUACACGUCUAAGUUCCAGGAAUGCAAAAUAUGCAGAACAAAGGUUCAUCAAGUCGGUUCACAUUAUUGUCAAGCAUGUGCAUACAAAAAGGGCAUAUGCGCCAUGUGUGGAAAAAAAAUAUUGGACACUAAAAACUACAGACAAAGUGCAACAUAAUAAUGAAUCUUUUCUUAAGAGUGG